UUCAUUAAACUUUUGGCUUGAGAUAGUUUACUUCACUCAGCCUCAUCUUGUCAUGUAAAUCCACAGAAGAGAGCUGUCUUGGGUGCCUCAAAGGUCUGAGUCUUCUCUCUCUUGGGACUGUUGAUGGGAUUUGAACAGGGCCUGGCAUAAGGAACCUUCAUGAGCCAGAAGGAAAAGAGAAAAGACCAUAGGAAAUCUCAACAUUACGUGAACUGAUAAAGACCAGGUGAAUGCAUAGCGAUUGGGACUGGAGUGGAGGAGAAACUGUCAUUUAAAAGACCUAGACCAUUUCUUUUGGAUAUCAUUUUUACAAAAUUUAUUUUAAAUUUGGAGCUAUUACUUCCGAUAUAUCCUCGCCUUGAUUCUAAAUUACUAUCCUCCAAACUGCAGCCUGAGUCCGCUGAGUGAGUGAUCCCAGCUCUGGGAAAGGCAAAGAAAGAAUAUUGACUCAUAUCCGAGCAUAAAUUUCACACUGAAGAUUUGUUGGAAUUCAAUGUAUGACAUUAAAAGAGAAAAAAGCAAAGCAUCCAUAAGAAAGAGAGGGCAGCCCCCUCUUCUGGCUCUGUGGGAAUUCAGCGUCCUGUAGCAGAUCUACUGUGGACUCUGGGAUGACAGCUGAUCUACUGAGCUUCCUGCUGUUGCUGAUCUUCUCCCUGCUGAGGCUGAUGAGAGGUGAAAAGGCUGUGUCCCACAUUCUCAUGGAUAUGGCACCAGAUUCCUUUGAUGACCAGUACCAGGGUUGCCGUGAGCAGGUAAUGGAAGAACUGGACCGAGGAGACUAUUUCCAAAAGGAACUGGGUAAUAAUAAGAACUAUUCCAGCAUCUGGGAGAAAGCAAAGCUGGUCUGGUCAAAAAAGCCAAUGGGUCUGCUGAGGGAGAUGCAGGAGAAUCACGCCGUAGCCCUCAUGGCUUACACCAUGAACACCUCGCUGCACUCUGAUUUGAACUGGGCUGUGUCCAGAGCUGGGAGAUCCCCAGAGCACUACAGACACAGCUUCCCUUUCAAAUACCUCCACUUCUACCUGACUACAGCCAUUCAAUUGGUGAGGAGAUGGAAGAGUGGCAUCACAAGAAAAAAUUGCUACCAGGUCCACCGGGGGGUAAAAGGCCUGUAUUUUGAGGCUGAGUUGGGCACCAAAGUGCGGUUUGGCCGCUUCACCUCUACUUCACUCCUCCGGAAGGAAGCACAGAGAUUUGGGAAUGAAACAAUAUUCACCAUGAAGACUUGCUUAGGUGCAGUUUUGCAACACUUCUCCCACUACUUCUCCGAGAGGGAGGUCCUCAUCCCACCCUAUGAGAUAUUCCAGGUCAGAAACUUCAGCCGAACACCAAGUGGUAACCAGCUCUAUCUGGUCUCUGUGGGAAAUCACAGCCAAUACAACUGCCAGCUCCUGAAAGCUUCAAGCAGCAAGAGCUGUAUCCACACUCCUCCAGUCACUGCCUUUCUUUAUUGUGUGAUCAGUGCUUUCUUCUACUCCACCAGGCAAUGACUCUUUCCCUGAUCACAGAAGGAUUCAUGUGCUGUGUAAAAAGGAAUGAGUUAUGGGUGCGAGGGAUUUGCAGCUAACCAGCCACAGAGGUGACUGAUGCUACAAGGUGCUGAACACCUCCUGCGAUUUUCCCUCUAACUCCCCUGACUUCAAUGAGUUAAGGGUGCUCAGAAUUUCAAAGGAGGUGUUUAAUCCCUAGCAAAAUCAGGCCCCUAGGUGUACAUUCAAAGUAAGAGUGUAAAUAGGAUUUAAAAAUAGUAACCUUUUUACCUAUUAAAAUUCUAUCAGUUAAAUGGUUAACUGUUAAGGAGUUCACAUAGGGAACUAGAGGUAGGGUGGGGGAUGGGUGCUGCAGCACCCCCACGUUUUAUGCGGGGCUCCGCUGCCGCCUGCACCUGGGAUCCCGGCUGCCGGCCUGGGUGUAGGGCUCUCUUGCCUCCCUGGGCCUGACAUCCCACAUGCCAGCCCCGGGAUUGGCAUCCCGCCUGCUCCUGGCCCCGUGCCUGGAACUCCACUGCCACCUGCCCUGGGACUGGGACUUCGCUGCCUCCCCGGGGUCCCGACUGCCAGCCUUGUGCCUCUGGUGCCACCCACUCCCAGGGUCCCAGCUGCUGGCCCCGUGCCUGGUAUCCCAGGACCCUGGGUGCAUGGCCGGGAGCCGGGACUCCUGGGGUGGAGGGCAGAGGAGUUUAAUCGUUAACUGAAACUGAUAAGACUGUACUUAUUGGUUAACUGGUUAACCAGUUAAACUUUUACAUCCCUCAUUCAAAGUAGGAAGAUAAUAGGUCUGUGUGUUUACUGAAGAGCAUGGCAAAGACUCCAGUCAAUUUAGGUACUUAGUCUGCAGGGCUUUGGGUACAACCAUACAGUAGGAACUCUUGAACCAUAUUUGUAUUCAGAGUAGCAGCCGUGUUAGUCUGUAUUCACAAAAAGAACAGAAGUACUUUGGCACCUUAGAGACUAACAAAUUUAUUUGAGCAUAAGGUUUCGUGAGCUACAGCUCACUUCAUCUGUAGCUCAUGAAAGCGUAUGCUCAAAUAAAUUUGUUAGUCUCUAAGGUGCCACAAGUACUCCUUUUCUUUCCACUAUUUGUAUUAGCAUUUCUUUUGCAGGUCUCAGUAGGUUCUCUUGCGUUAGUAGUAAUACCACCCUCUGGUGGCCAAUAAGAAAAUACCUUUAAAUUCCCAUGAAGGUUAAUUAGAAAUUGUAGAGCCUAUUGGGUUGUGUCUAUUUUAAAGAGAGGUUGAUGUUAUUAAAUACAUAUAUAUUUCUAUUGCUCUGUUUUCCAAUGUGUAAUAUCAGUGAUAGAAUUCACAUCCCAUACUGAAUUCUCCUUCCCAGUUUAACUAUGUUCUUUCCUAACUUUUAAAGGUUAAUUUAGCAUUCCUGCAAGGCACCAAGGCAGUAAUCCUGAAAUCCUCUAAUCCCACAAUAGCUAUAGCAUGUUAAUGCAAAUUUCCCUCUCAUACUGCCUCCCUCCAAUAUGCCUGGAGGGACCACAUCUUGGAGAUGAAAUUGUUUUUUAACCUCUGUCCCAUUUUGUCCUUGGACUGUGCUGAGACUACCAACCAGAUUAAAAACUGUGAUAAUUUAGUUUUGUAAUGUAGACAUCUGACCACCAAAUACUGAAUUGAGAUUCACUAGCACAUUCUAUAUAGGCUACAAACAGCCAUCAGGUGGCAACAAUUUUCAGCCAGUAACUAUUAACCUGAGCUGGCAUGGAACUGGUGAUCAAAAGGCAAGAAGUUCCAUAUUCUAUGCACCAUCCCCCUGGCGUAUGCACUAUGCACAGAGCUAGUUGUCUAUAUUAUAGACUUGAACUUAAAAGGGCCUAGUCCUUUGGCUCCCCACAAACUGCUGAUUGAUUAAUAGCUGAAUAUAAAGAAGAAGUUGAGGAGAAAAGCUUUCUGCAAUCCGUGGAUGAACAGCACUAUAC